CACCUACUGGUUUUAUAGUGUAUAGAAUCAGAAAUAAUAAAGAAUAUGAAAUAGAGAGACUGGAUAAGACAUUGAUAGAUAUCACAUCUGGGUCAAAAUUCACAGUAAGACUGGGUAGAGCAUUAGGAAGAGGAGAGUACAGAAUUAAAUUAUAUUUAUUACAAGUUAACAGUACAGAAUUUUGUAAGUAUAUGAUGGAGUCUAUUGUUGCUGAGGGUACACCAGUGAAAGAAUUUAAGAAGCAAAUUAUUGAAGAAGCAAAAGUACAAGGAAUUGACUGUGUCCUUGAAUUAGACAAAAUGAGAUUACGUUACAAGAGAGAAGUGUACACUAGUAUGGUACAUCUUGAUCAUCAGGUGAUUGGUGUUAGUAGGGAUAUAUAUGUGGAACCAUUGAAAGGACCAGAGAAGAUAAAGCAUCAAAAACAGAUACAGGUGUAUGUUAUAAGAUGGCAUCCAUCACAAUGUUCAGUUGAUCCAAUAGAAGAAAUUAUACUGGAUAAUAAUAAUGGUCUUAAGCAUGUUAUUGAAAAGCUGUCAGAGUUAAGUGGAGUACCUGCUGAGUAUAUCUAUUGUGCAAAGAGUCAAUCAUUUCCAGUUGAGAUGUCAUAUCUUGAUAUUGAGAAUGAGUUGAAAUGGUGUUCCAUCACUUCAGACAGUUCCUCAUUAAGACUAUAUAAUGAUGGAUAUGUCAUAUAUUACAAAGACAAUAGAGAGACAAUGAAAGAGUUAACAGAUAAAGAGAGAUCAGAAAUACAAGAUGCAGAGGAAGCAAGGUUAAAGAAAAUUAGGGAAUGCAUGUAUCAACCAUUGGCAUUGAUUGGAUUAAUUUAAUUUUAAAGUAUUUUAUCAUUUUUUAAUUUAAAAAAAUUUCCAAUUCUGUUUCAAUCUUGUGUAGUGUGUUUAAUGGCUCCAUUCCACUUUUUUAUUACUGAGAAUUUUAUAAUGCAA